UCUACAAGUAGCGAGCGGGCGGGGGAAUCCUGGCAUUUCACUGUGACACCUCGGGACCCAGCAGAGCACAGCACAGCGCAGAGUCCCGAAGUGAACACGGGCAAAGCAGAGCGAUCGCAAAGCUGCACACAGAGCGACUUUCAAGAGACUUCGCACAAUGGCCACUGAAACACCUGUUUGGAGCUGCUUAAAAAUGUGCCUAUUUCUGUUUGGGGGAGUCGUCUGUGCAGACGCAGCGCACCAGCAAGGCAGUUUGUAUAUGUGGAUCGAUGCCCAGCAAGCGAAAAUUCUAAUAGGUUUUGAGGAAAAUAUCCUAAUUGUAUCAGAAGGGAAAAUGGCCCCUUUUACACACGAUUUCAGGAAAGCUCAGCUGCGGAUGCCAGCCAUUCCUGUCAAUAUUCAGCACGUGAAUUUCACCUGGCAAGCCACGGAACAGGCAGAGUAUUUUUACGAGUUCCAGUCUCUGCGAUCUUUGGACAAGGAUGUUAUGGACGAUCCCACUGUGAACGUUCCUCUCCUGGGAACAGUUCCACACAAAGCCUCAGUGAUUCAGAUUGGAUUCCCAUGCCUUGGUGAUCAGGAUGGAGUGGCUGCGUUUGAGGUGACCAUUCUUGUGAUGGACUCAAGUGGCAACAUUAUUCUCCGGACUCCCCACAAUGCCAUAUUUUUCAAAACCUGCCAGAGAGCGAAAUGUCCGGGCGGGUGUCGCAAUGGAGGGUUCUGCAAUGAGAGGCAGGUCUGUGAAUGUCAGGAAGGCUUCUACGGCCCCCAUUGUGAAAAAGCUUUGUGUACGCCGAGGUGUCUGAACGGAGGACUCUGUGUCAGCCCUGGAAUGUGCAUCUGCCCUCCUGGUUAUCACGGCAUUAACUGUGACAAAGCCAAUUGCAGCACAACCUGUCUGAAUGGCGGAACCUGCUUUCACCCAGGGAAGUGUAUCUGUCCAUCUGGGUAUGAAGGAAACCACUGUGAAAUCAGCAAGUGCCGCCAGCCCUGCAGAAAUGGUGGAAAGUGCACUGGGAGAAAUAAGUGCAAGUGCACAAAAGGCUUCCUCGGAGACCAGUGCUCUAAAGCUGUCUGUGAGCCAGGCUGUGGACCACAUGGAACCUGCGUGGAACCCAACAAAUGCCACUGCAAAGAAGGCUGGCAUGGACGACACUGUAACAAAAGGUACCGCGGUGGCAGCGUGAGUGUCCUGCGACCCGUCAGUCCCAAGCACAAACAGCACACGCCUUCCUCGAAGGAGGUCAAGGAAGUGGGUGACGGCAGCCCUCCUGAAACCAAUUACGUCUUGUGAGCAUCUGAGCACUGUACCCAUCGCUCUCACCCCUGCUUACCCCCAGGUGUCAUCGCCAUCGCAGCAGUCUGACCAUCUGGUCUUCAUACCUUUCCCAUCAGCUGCAGUUCCUUGCAGAAUUAAAAAUUGGGGGAAAAAACUGAAAAACGUCACAGAAGACUGCAUUCUUCGACUUGUUCGUCUUUCCUUUUCAGUCAGGUUAUACAUUCUCUCCGUAAAGUAAAUGGGUGUCAGAUAUAUUAAUCGCAUUCUUACAUCAGAUUCCACCUGAAAAAAAACAACACAUUUUCAAAUAAGAAAAUAGGGCUCUGAUGGUGUUCGUUACGGUACUCCAUCCAAUUCAUUUUUUAAACCAAAGUGUUGAUUUUGCGUUGUACUUUAGUUUACUUUUAAAAUCAGUAUUUUAGUCAUGUGAAAUAUAAUUUGAUGAUGUAAGGCUUUUGCAAAUGAUUAUUCAUCUACAUUUUGCAUGUCCAGCGCUUACAUAAUAUAAACCUAGACAUGAAAUAUGCAAUUAUAAGGCCUUGCUUCAUCAUUACUCCGAAAUCCUUUUUAAAGUUUGAUCUAAAUCUAAUGAAAAUUCUUCCCAGUUUAUGAUACUAACUUUAUUUGGGCAUUCAAAUGUACAGGUACAGUAUUAUUCAGUAAUGUUAGAGUAUUACAGUAUGUAAAAUGUUAUCAGCUAUGAGCAUUUUGUGUUAUUUAAUAUUAAUUCCACAGUAUCAUGUUCUCUGUGAAAUUGAGAGUUUAGGCAUUCUCAGAAAGAUAUCCCACAGACAUUUCUCCUUGUACUUGACUUCCUCACAAUGUCAAAUACCUUUUGACCCUUCACCUCUUUAGUUCUCCUGUGUUAAUGAAAGCCAGAGCAGCAGAUCUGUUUGCAGUGGAAACAAUUUUCAGUUGCAGUAUGACUCAUACUCAGUGGUAACUGUUUUUUUCAUCCUUCACAGUCAUCUCCCUCCAUCCAUUUGGACUUUUUCCAGAAUAUCACAAACACUUUAACUGCCUAUAUCAGCUCUUACUGCCACAUGCUCAGUGUAUUCUGAUAGGUAAUAAUAGGUACUUCCUCUGAACUGCUUCCUUACUCUAUCCUCUUUUAUUACGUUAGA